UCUCUUCGGGGACGCAGGGGAACGAGUUUGCAAACGGGGCCGGUCACGGCGCGGCCUCAGUCUGAGCCGGGAGAUCGCCGCAGUUCACAGGACUACCGAAGCGCGUGUGACUCCAGUAACCGUUCCAUCGAGUUUUCGUUCGUCGUCGCUCGCGUUUCGUUUACGUUUCCGAUUCUGUUUCCGUUUCGGUCGCGUUUCGUUCUCGCGGGGUGUUCGUUUCGCAUGAGAGUUCGCGACGAGCCUGCGAACGCGUCGGCAUGACCGUACACAAGAAGACCGGAGGCUCCUCGAAGACGAGGAGCGGCAAAGGCAAGGAGACGGCCACCGUCGCGUCCGGCUCGUCGGGCGCGACCACGACGGAGACCGUCGAGGUGGUGUCGUCGACGAGCGUCGUCGAGGAGGCGACGCGGGUCGUCGAGAGCGAGUCGAGGAGCAGCGUGACCGAGGUGACCAGCGCCAGCAGGGAGACUAUCUUGGACUCGAAGGGCGACGCGAUCGAGAAGAUCGAGAAGAUCGAGAAGAUCGAGAGAGGAGCUCCGCGGAGCUUCGGGCAGAGCAAGAGCGGCUACAAGACGGGGAAGAGCUCGCAGGAUUUGAUCGCCGCGGAGCAGUCGCAGGCACGGACGCGGACGCGGUCGACGAGACAGGGCAAAAAGGUCGACGGUCCGAGAAGCAGCGGGGAGACGACGAUCCGCUCGGACCUCGUUUACGGCCAGACCGGCGAAACGUCGGAGAGUCGCAGCGAGUCCCGAACGGAGAUCGUGCAGAAGUCGACGUCCUCGGCCACCGUCGUGGAGACGUCCUCCGCGGAGGACUAUCGGCACCAGCAUAUUUCCAAGAGUACGAUCGGCAACGGCAACGGCACCGACGGAGCGGCGGACCGCGAGCCCCGGACGCGCGCAUCCGUCAGAUCUUACGAGAACAGAUCGGCCAGCGAGGAGGUUCGCGAAGAGACCACCAAGGACGGCCAAACCGUUUCCAGCACGACCAGGAUCCGGGAAUCGGACGAACGAUUCGACGACAACGGCAGAACCACCGGCUCCCGAAGCCGCUUCGUCGACAGAGAGACCGCGGGAGUCGACGACAGGGUCGAGUCCUCCGUCGGUGAAAGCCCGAAGAGCGGAGCGAGGGAAAUCGUCGGCCGCUGCAACAAACCGGGCCAGUCGGCGUGGGACGGCACGUUCGUCGGCGAAAGUCCGUCGCCGACCAGAGACCGCGGCGUCGAGAGAAACGUCGCGACGUCCGCGCCCUCGGCUCGCCGCGGCGACAUUCGCGGCGACAUUCGCGGCGACAUUCGCGGCGACAUUCGCGACGAGGCGAAAGCGGAUCGGUCGGUCUCGAAAGCCGAAGCGCGGUCCGUGUCGCGGACCACCGAGUCCAGCGUCCAAGUCUCCUCCGUCUCGUCGGUCUCGGUCUCGGUCGCCGAGCAAGCGGCGUUCCGGGACUCGACGAAGAUCCUCGUCGACGGGACCGUCGCCUCUUCGGACCGGCCCGGCCGCGAGGACGAGCGCGCUCGGGAGACGCGGAAGCUCGGGAGCAGGACCGCCAGACCCGGCGAGUCCUCCUGGGACGGCACUUUCGUCGCGGAGAAGCCUCCGGAGUCCGGCACCGUCUUCCAUCGUUCCGGAGGCGACAACGUCGUCGAGUCCACGCGGAGAUCGGACUUUCGAGAGAAGAGCGCCGACGGUUCCUACGAGAAGAAGUCCUCCGACGUCGUUCGCGUGGUCCACGGUGCGACCGAUUCCUCGAGGUUCGUCUCCGAGGAGCGCCGCAACGUUACGGAAGAGUUCCGCGUCGAUGGAAAAUCGGUCGGCGAGGAGGACGGCCCGAGCCGGAGAGUCGCCAGACCCGGGGACUCGGCGUGGAACGGUCGGUUCGUUCGGGAGCAACCUCGCGACGGCCCGAAACGAUCCGGCGAGACCGUCGUCCGGAAGAGCGACCGCGGAUCGGACUCCGUGGACGUGCGAGAGCUGUCCGAGGAGCACGUGUCCAGCACGUCCGAGUCGUUCUCGACCUCCUACGUGGUGGAGUACGCCGGCACCGGCGACGAGAAGGCGAGCAAGGUCGAGAAGGCGACCUCCGUGUCGGAGACCAUCGUCGAGGAGGACUCCGGGGACGCGAGCUCCCCUCGGAGCCCGGCGCGACCGGACUCGACGACCAGGGCCUACGGACCCGGCCGCUCGACCUGGGACGGCAGCUUCGUCCGCGAGUCGCCGCGGCCGUUCGACCGUCGCGGGAACCUCGACGGUCGCAGAGCCACCGAUACCGUGCUGAUCAGGGACGUGACGGAGGAUCAUCGCGCGUUCGACGAGACCGAGAUCUCCUCGGCUUCCUACGUGGUCGAGCAUUCGUCCAGCCAGCAGAGCUUCUCGGACGUCAAGGACUCCAGCCUGUCCUCCGUCGAGAUCGUCUACGACGCGCAACCCGCGAAAGGAAAGACCGUCGGAUUCUCGUCUUGGGACGGCACGUUCGUCUCGGAGAAGCCCGCGGAGCCGAUCCGACCGCCGAGCAGGGAGUUUACGGUCGAACCGGUCGAGGUCGGACCUCCCGGAAAGCAUCCCGCCGACUCCGCCACGUUCUCGACGGACCGGUCGACGACCGUCCGAGAGAGCUACUCGGACUCCGGCAAUCUCGACUUUUCUGCCAGCUCCGCGGAGACGGUCGUCGUUCGCGGCGGCGCCGUCCCCGCGACCGCGAGAAAGACCGUUACCAUAAAGGAGCAUCCGACGAAGAGUACCGAGGAGGAGAAGAAGCCUCCGGAGAGUUCCGAGAAGAUCGAGAAGAAGACCGAGAAGACCGAGAAGACCGAGAAGACCGAGAAGACCGAGAAGACCGGCAGGUCCGCGCGACCUACGAAACCUGGAGCCUCCAGCUGGGACGGGUCGUUCGUUCGCGAGAAGCCGGCGAAGGCCGACGAGAGCGCGCCCGCGGACGUCUCCGGCCCUCGUCCGGAUAAACCGAGUAGUCCCGACGGGACUCUGGCACCCGACGCUCGGAAGACUCCGGCCGACGGAGUCGGGCGCGCCACUUAUCUCACCGAGAAAUCGAUCGUUUUGUCGGACACCUCGAAGAACGUUCGAACCUCCGAGUUUCUCGCUUCCACCAGCCUCGAGGUUUCGGGCACGAGCGAGGUGUCCUCGACGAUCGCGUUCGACGCGGAAGUCGCGAAACGUCCCGGAGAACCCGAGAGAUCGCCUUCGGAAGGCGCGCCGCCAACCCGGGCGUCGCCGGCUGGAAAACGGCCCGAAGAUGGCAGAAAGUCCCCCGAUAAGCGUCCCGAGAGUCCGGAGAAAGCGGACAGGUCGAGCAGGCCGGCGAAGCCGGGUGCCUCCACCUGGGACGGCUCGUUCGUCUACGAGAAGCCGCUGGAUUCGAAGAAGAGGCCGGCCGAUCGGGACGAGAGACCCGCCGAUCUACGAAAAUUCCCGAGCGAUUCGGUGAAAGACGAGCCGAAGGAGAAACCGAAAGACGAACCGAAGGACGAGCCGGAGGAUACGUCGAAGGGUAAACCGAAGGACGACGGCGUCGCACGGCGCGUGUCCGUCGCGAAGCACGACGCGAAGGACAAUCUCGAAACGAUCCACCGAUCUUCCUACGAGAUCGAUCUGUCGUCCAGCUUCGCCUCGACGCGGAACCUCCGCGACGUGCUCGAGGAACGCGUCAUCGGUGAAUUCACGACGGACGUCCGUAAAGACGCGAGCGAUGUCACCGUAUCAACGACCGAAUUCAUCGACAAAGAGCAGGCGACUAGCAUGGUAGCGCGGGAUGUCGUCGACGACGCCCGGUUCGACAAGUUCCCCGGCUCCGUCCCUAGGUCUCCGGCGGAUUUUCCACGGAAAAGCUCGCCGGACGGACCGGGUUAUCCUCGGGGAAUCCCUGGACUCAGAGAGGACGAUCGACCGAAGCCGAUUCCAGCCGCUGGGAAACCCAGUCGCCCUCCUCGACGGGACGACAGUCCCAAAAGAAGCUCCGUCGCCGGGCCGCGAUCGCCGGAGAAGCCGCGCGAUCAUGUCUCGCCCGCGAGCAGACCGGCGGCUGGCAAGCCGAGCAGGCCCGAGUCCAAGCCCGAGCCCGAGCCCGAGCCGGAGCCGGAGCCGGAGCAGAAGCAGGAGCCGGAGGAGAGGCCGGCGGCCGAAAAACCAUCUCGGCCGAAGGAGACCGGCGAGAAACCGAGAAGGGGCGAUCAGACGCCCGACUCCCUCGAAGAGGACGACGCUGCACGGCCUGGAAAGCUGCCAGACAUCCUCUCCAAGAUCCCGCUGAAGGAGCAGUGCAUCUGCGAGCUCUGCACCUGCGGGCGUCACCGUUGUCCCCACAAUCUGGUCCCGCAGGAACAUCUGGAGAUCCCUCGGGAGUCGGUUCACGCGGUCUCGUCUUACCGCGAGGAAUUCGACGAGAAACGCGUCGAGAGGCAGACCGUCUACCACCAUGAGGAUCAUCUGCGGAUGGAGGGCGACUUCGUCGGCGAGCGGCGCACGGAUUACGUAGCGACGAGGGGCGAGAGGGCUCCGGUCAGGAGACCGCAGGACCACCUGAAACCCGAGGGCGAAUUCAUCGGCAGGCCGAGGGAGGAGGCGCCGAAAUAUGGGGACCGUGCGCCGGUCAGGAGACCGCGUGACAACCUCAAGCUCGAAGGGGAAUUCGACGGCACGACCACCACGGAGCUGGUGUUCACCGGGACUCCCGGCGAGCGACCGAGCCCGGUUCGUCGGAACACGUACACGAAGGUCGAGGGUGAAUUCGUCGACACGACCACCUCGAGAUCGGAGUACGUCGAUCAUCGAUCGGUUCAGCGGACAGAGAUCGUCGAGCGGACGGACAACCUCACGGUGGGAGAGGGUGAAUUCACGGGUGCCUCUCGUUCGAAGGAGGAUUUCCACGAUUACGACAAGAUCGAACGACUGCCUCGGAGGCGGCUGGAGUACACCGCGGACGAGGAGGAUCGGUUCUACGGCAAGACCGACGCGAUCGAGACCGUCGCGACGACCACGCAGGAACAGUAUCGGAGCUUCGAUCGGACCGACUACAGGAGCACCGCGGUGAUCAGGCGCGAGGACGAACUCCGGCCGGAAGGUCCGUUCGAUGGCGUGCCCAGCUCCAAGGACGAUUAUCGGCUCCCGGCGCCGACCGCGAGGCCGGAGAUCCGAAGGCCGAAGGACACGUUGCGGCCCGAGGGACCGUUCGAAGCUCGACCGAAGGACGAUUUCUCGCCGAAGAGGGCCGAGCGGCCGGAAGCGAAGAGACCGCGGGACAACUUGCGUCCGGAGGGCCGGUUCGAGGUUCCCGAGAAGCCCGCGAUCGGGCCAGUCGAGAGAAGGACGCCGAUCAAGCAUCCGGACAAUCUGCGUCCCGAGGGAGAAUUCGAGCGGCCCGAGCACGAAGCGUACAGGCCGGCCGAGCGGCCCGAGCCGAGAAAGCCCGAGGACAACCUGAAGCCCGAGGGCGACUUCGAGCGUCCGCGGCAGCCCGAGAAGGUGGCCCCGGUCGAACGAAGGUCGCCCAUCAGGCAUCCGGACAAUCUGAAGCCCGAGGGAGAGUUCGUCGGCAAGCCGAAGGACGACUACGACGGGACGGUUACGAAGCCCGAGAGGGCGGUGGCGAAGAGGCCGGAGGACAAUCUGAGGCCCGAAGGACCGUUCGAGGCUCGGCCGAAGGACGAUUACCGACCGGUUCGCGGCGAGAGGGUCGAGACGACGAGACGAACCGACAAUCUUCGAAUGGAAGGGGACAUCGAAACCUACAGGACCAGGGACGAGUUCGCGCGGUUCUUGAUUCGCGAGAGGGCCGAGGUGACCAGAUACCAGGACAACCUGCGCAUGGAGGGCGAGUUCACGGACGCGAGAACGAGGGACGACUUCAAGGUUGUUUCGAAAGGGGAGCGCGCCGACAUCGUCAGGCACCCGGACAAUCUGAAAGCCGAGGGCCCGUUCGAGGGUCGACCGCGCGAUGAUUUCGGCCCGAAGAGAGCCGAGAGACCGGAGGUCAAGAGGCCGGAGGACAACUUGAAGCCGGAGGGAGAAUUCGUCGGCCGGCCGAAGGAGGAGGCUCCCGCGAGGGGCGAGAGGGCUCCCGUCGUCAAGCCCGUGGACAACCUGAGACCGGAAGGGGAGUUCGAGAGACCGGAGAAGGCGGCGCCGAUGGGGCGGGCCGAGAGAAGAACGCCGAUCAAGCACGCGGAUAACUUGAAGCCCGAAGGGGAAUUCGAGAGACCGAAGCCCGAACAAUUUCGGCCGGCGGAGAGGCCCGUCGUCGAGAAACCUCGGGACAAUCUGCGGCCCGAGGGCGAGAUCGAGAUGCCGGAGCGGGAGCCGGUCGGUCUUGCCGAAAGGCGCACUCCCAUAAAACAUUCCGACAACCUGAAACCGGAAGGCGAUUUCGAGAGGCCCAGACCCGAAGAGUUCCGGCCCGCGGAGAGACCCGUCGCGAAGAAACCGCGGGACAAUCUGUUUCCGGAAGGCGAGAUCGAGAUGCCGGAGAGACAACCUUUCGGCCCGGCCGAGAGAAGAAGUCCUAUAAAGCGCACCGACAACCUCAGACCCGAAGGGGACUUCGAGAGACCGAGACCCGAAGAGUUUCGGCCCGCGGAGAGGCCCGUGGUUAAAAAGCCCCGUGACAAUCUGCGACCCGAGGGCGAGAUGGAGAUGCCGGAGCGGGAACCGGUCGGUCCGGCCGAAAGGCGCACGCCCAUAAAGCAUUCCGACAACUUGAAACCGGAAGGCGAUUUCGAGAGGCCCCGUCCCGAAGAGUUCCGGCCCGCGGAGAGACCGGUCGCGAAGAAACCGCUGGACAAUCUGCGGCCCGAGGGCGAUUUCGUCGGUCGGCCGAUAGAGGACGCGCCGACCAGAGGCGAGAGAGCGGAAGUGAAACGACCGGAGGACAACUUGAAGCCGGAGGGAGAGUUCGUCGGCCGGCCGAAGGAGGAGGCUCCCGCGAGGGGCGAGAGGGCUCCCGUCGUCAAGCCCGUGGACAACCUGAGGCCGGAAGGAGAUUUCGAGAGACCGGAGAAGGCGGUGCCGAUGGGGCCGGCCGAGAGAAGAACGCCGAUCAAGCACGCGGAUAAUUUGAAGCCCGAAGGGGAAUUCGAGAGACCGAGGCCCGAACAGUUUCGGCCGGCGGAGAGGCCCGUCGUCGAGAAACCUCGGGACAAUCUGCGGCCCGAGGGCGACAUCGAGAUGCCGGAGCGGGAGCCGGUCGGUCCGGCCGAAAGGCGCACGCCCAUAAAGCAUUCCGACAACCUGAAACCGGAAGGCGACUUCGAGAGGCCUCGUCCCGAAGAGUUCCGGCCCGCGGAGAGACCCGUCGCGAAGAAACCGCGGGACAAUCUGUUUCCGGAAGGCGAGAUCGAGAUGCCGGAGAGACAACCUUUCGGCCCGGCCGAGAGAAGAAGUCCUAUAAAGCGCACCGACAACCUCAGACCCGAAGGGGACUUCGAGAGACCGAGACCCGAAGAGUUUCGGCCCGCGGAGAGGCCCGUGGUUAAAAAGCCCCGUGACAAUCUGCGACCCGAGGGCGAGAUGGAGAUGCCGGAGCGGGAACCGGUCGGUCCGGCCGAAAGGCGCACGCCCAUAAAGCAUUCCGACAACUUGAAACCGGAAGGCGAUUUCGAGAGGCCCCGUCCCGAAGAGUUCCGGCCCGCGGAGAGACCGGUCGCGAAGAAACCGCUGGACAAUCUGCGGCCCGAGGGCGAUUUCGUCGGUCGGCCGAUAGAGGACGCGCCGACCAGAGGCGAGAGAGCGGAAGUGAAACGACCGGAGGACAACUUGAAGCCGGAGGGAGAGUUCGUCGGCCGGCCGAAGGAGGAGGCUCCCGCGAGGGGCGAGAGGGCUCCCGUCGUCAAGCCCGUGGACAACCUGAGGCCGGAAGGAGAUUUCGAGAGACCGGAGAAGGCGGUGCCGAUGGGGCCGGCCGAGAGAAGAACGCCGAUCAAGCACGCGGAUAAUUUGAAGCCCGAAGGGGAAUUCGAGAGACCGAGGCCCGAACAGUUUCGGCCGGCGGAGAGGCCCGUCGUCGAGAAACCUCGGGACAAUCUGCGGCCCGAGGGCGACAUCGAGAUGCCGGAGCGGGAGCCGGUCGGUCCGGCCGAAAGGCGCACGCCCAUAAAGCAUUCCGACAACCUGAAACCGGAAGGCGACUUCGAGAGGCCCCGUCCCGAAGAGUUCCGGCCCGCGGAGAGACCCGUCGCGAAGAAACCGCGGGACAAUCUGUUUCCGGAAGGCGAGAUCGAGAUGCCGGAGAGACAACCUUUCGGCCCGGCCGAGAGAAGAAGUCCUAUAAAGCGCACCGACAACCUCAGACCCGAAGGGGACUUCGAGAGACCGAGACCCGAAGAGUUUCGGCCCGCGGAAAGGCCCGUGGUUAAAAAGCCCCGUGACAAUCUACGACCCGAGGGCGAGAUCGAGAUGCCGGAGAGGGAACCGGUCGGUCCGGCCGAAAGGCGCACGCCCAUAAAGCACUCCGACAAUCUGAAACCGGAAGGCGACUUCGAGAGGCCCCGUCCCGAAGAGUUCCGGCCCGCGGAGAGACCGAUCGCGAAGAAACCGCUGGACAAUUUGCGGCCCGAGGGCGAUUUCGUCGGUCGGCCGAAAGAGGACGCGCCGACCAGAGGCGAGAGAGCGGAGGUGAAACGACCGGAGGACAACUUGAAGCCGGAGGGAAGCUUCGAUCGACCGGAGAAAAAGCCGAUGGGCCCUGCCGAGCGAAGAAGUCCGAUCAAGCACCCGGACAACCUGCGGCCGGAGGGCGAGUUCGAGAGGCCGGAGCACGAGGAGUACAGACCGGCCGAGAGGCCCGAGGCGAAGAAGCCGCGGGACAACCUGAAGCCCGAGGGAGAGUUCGACAGACCGGAGCCGACGCGGGUCGUCGGCCCGGCCGAAAGAAGGACGCCGAUCAAACGCGCGGACAACUUGAAGCCGGAGGGCGAGUUCGUCGGGAAGCCGAAGGAGGAGGCUCCGAAGCGCGGGGAACGCGCCGACGCGAAGAAGCCGAGGGACAAUCUGCGGCCCGAGGGCGAGUUCGAGCGACCGCGGCCGGAGACGUCGCCCGCGAGGCCCGCCGAGAAGAGGACGCCCAUCAGGCAUCCCGACAACCUGAAGCCCGAGGGAGAGUUCGUCGUCGAGCCGAAGGACGACUACAAGCCGACCAGGGGAGAAAGGGCGGACGUGAAACGACCGGAGGACAAUCUGAGACCCGAGGGUCCGUUCGAAGGACGCCCCAAGGACGAUUUUGUUCCCGUGCGCGGCGAGCGGGCCGACGUUACGAAACGCACCGACAAUCUGCGAAUGGAAGGUAACAUCGAGACUUAUCGGUCCCGGGACGAGUACACCGAUUUCUUGAUCAGAGAGCGGACCGAGGUGACCAGAUACCAGGACAACCUGCGGAUGGAGGGCGAGUUCACGGGCGCGAGGACCAGCGACGACUUCAAGCAGCCGGUCAAGCUCGAGAGAACGGACGCGGUGAAGCACGAGGACAACUUGAAGCCGGAGGGGCCGUUCGAGGCUCGGCCGAAGGACGAUUACUCGCCGCCGAAGAGGGCCGAGAGGCCGGAGAUCAAGAAGCCGGAGGACAACUUGAGGCCCGAGGGAGAGUUCGACAGGCCGGAGAAGAAGCCGGCCGGCCCUGCCGAGCGAAGAAGUCCGAUCAAGCAUCCGGACAAUCUGCACCCCGAGGGAGAGUUCGCGGGACGGCCGAAGGAGCAGGCUCCGAGGAGGGGCGAGAGGGCGGAGGCGAAGAAGCCGAGGGACAACCUGAAGCCCGAGGGCGAGUUCGAGCGGCCCGAGAAGAAGCCCGCGGGCCCCGCCGAGCGAAGAAGUCCCAUCAAGCAUCCGGACAAUUUGCAUCCGGAGGGAGAGUUCGCGGGACGGCCGAAGGAAGAGGCGCCCACCAAGGGCGAGAGAGCGGACACGAGGCGUCCGGAGGACAACCUGAGGCUCGAGGGCCCGUUCGAGGCGCGACCGAGAGACGACUUCGCCCCGAAGAGGGCCGAGCGGCCCGAGGUCCGCAAGCCGCGGGACAACCUGAAGCCCGAGGGCGAGUUCGACAGACCCGAAAAGUCUCCGGUUGGCCCGGCCGAGAGGAGGGCGCCGAUUCGCCACGAGGACAACCUCCACCCCGAAGGAGAUUUCGCGGGUCGACCCAAGGACGACUUCGGGCCGAAGCGGGCCGACAGGCCGGCGCAGAAGAAGCCGAAGGACAACCUGAAGCCGGAGGGCGAGUUCGCGGGCAAGCCCAAGGACGAUUACGGGCCGACGAGAAUCGAGAGGAGGACGGACAUCGUGGUGCACAGGGACAACUUGAGGCUGGAGGGCGACAUCGAGGUGCGCAGAUCGAGGGACGACUACAAGGCGGUCUCGAGGAUGGAGCGCGUGGACGCGGUGCGCCGGGAGGACAACCUUCGGAUAGAGGGCGAGUUCGUGGACGUCGCGAGGCGCGACGACUACCGGGCGACACGCGGCGAGCGCAGCGAGAUCGUGAAACACGAGGACAACCUGAGACCGGAGGGCGAGUUCGAGAGGCCGCCGGAAACGGCGCCGCUCGGUCCCGCGGAGAGGAGAUCGCCGAUCAAGCAUCCCGACAACCUGAAGCCCGAGGGUCGGUUCGCGCAGAGGCCGAAGUCCCCGACGCCCGUCAAAGGCGACCGGGCCGCGACCACGAAGCCCAAGGACAAUCUGAAGCCGGAGGGCGAGUUCGAGAGGCCCUCGAGAUCUCCGGCCGGUCCCGCCGAGAGAAGAUCCCCGAUCAAGCACCCGGACAAUCUGCACCUCGAGGGAGACUUUGUCGGCCGGCCGAGGCAAGACGUUGUUCCGACCAGGGGAGAACGCGCCGACGUCAAGAAGCCGAAGGACAACUUGCACCCGGAAGGGGAGUUCGCGAAGAGGACGCCGCCGCGGACGGUGGUCCCGGCCGAGAGACGCGCUCCCAUUCGUCGCGAAGACAAUCUCCAUCCGGAAGGCGACUUUUACGACUUUGCCCCGAAGAGGGUCUCGCCCGCGAAGAAGCCUCUGGAUCUGGAUCUGUCGCGGCCGGAGGGCGAGAAGGACGAGCGCGGGUACUACGCGAACGGCGAGCGCGUCGAGAUCGCUCGUCGUCGUCGCGAGGAUCGUUCGCGGACCGAGAGAGAGACGUCCGACGUCCUUCGGACCAGAGAAGACUACGAGAAGGUCGAGCGGGUCGAGCGGGUCGAGCGGGUCGAGCGGCUCGAGCGGCUCGAGCGGCUCGACGCGCGCAAGCGCGAGGAAAACCUGAAGAUCGAGGGCGAGUUCGUCGACGCUCGGCGCAGGGACGAUCGCGUCCGCGUGGUCGAGAAGCAUCCGGACAAUCUGCGGCCCGAGGGCGAGAUCGAGUUCGAGCGUCCGCAAAAGUCUCCGACCGGUCCGGCGGAGAGAAGGACGCCCAUCAGGCAUCCGGACAAUCUGAAGCCCGAAGGGGACUUCGAGAGGAGGACGCCGGAAAGGAUGGGUCCGAUGGAGCGUCGCGCGCCGAUUCGUCGAUCCGACAACCUGAAGCCCGAGGGAGACUUCGUCGGAAGACCGCGCGACGAUUUCGCGCCGCAGAGGGUCGAGAGGGUGGAAGCGAUUCGUCGGGAGGACAAUCUGAGGAUGACCGGCGAGUUUCGGGACAGCACGUCGCAGAGGUCCACGUACACGGUGGUGCGCGGCGAGCGGGCCGAGAUCAAGCGGCACGAGGACAACCUGAAGAUCAGCGCCGGCGCCAUGGAGACCAAGACCACGAACAGGGACGCGUUCGUCCCCGCCCGAAAGGAGGACUCGCCGGCCGGUCGCGCGAUCGGCCGCAGACACCACAUGGAAUCUUCGAUCAGCUUGGGCGACGAGGCCGCGACCGCGACCACGACCACGACCACCCAACGGAACUACAACACGUUCACGAAGCGCGCCGCCAAGGAGGUGGCCGCCAAGAUGGUCCGCUGCACGGAGACGGACGCCGCGAACGUCUCCGCAGAGUCCAGGAGCCUGGAGAACGGAACGACGGCGACGUCGACCACCGUGAGAAAGAUUCAGCCCCACGGCGAAGAACAGCCGUCCGACUCGCCGACUUCUCGUUCGGACUUCCGACGGUCCGUCCAGUCGAGCGACCAUCGCCAGAGGAUUUACAGCAGCGAGCAGCAUUCGAGGUCUGAAAACGUGGCGCAUUCCCGCCGAACGACGGAGGACGGGUCGCUCGAGCAGCAGAGUCAGAGACAGUCGGAGAGACAGCAGGAGUCCGGCAGGAGGGACUACGUGAACGUCCAACACGCGGAGUCGAGGCAGUCGGCGGCCAGCCGGCAGAAGCAGCUCUACGAGCAGCACACCGUCUCCAGCCAGGCUCGCUACAACUCCAGCCAGAACAGCAGCGCCGAGUUCAGACAGGCGAUCUCGGGCCAGUCGUCGGCGGCGGAGAGGUCGCAGCUCGAGCACGCGACCGUCGCGAAGACCAGCCAUCACAGAAAGAACGUGAUCUCCUGUUCGUCCGCCGACGUGACCAACUCGGUUCUGCAUCGCCGCGGCGUCGCCACCUCCACGGAAGCUUUGCACACCAUCUCCUCGACCGCCGCCGACCAGAAGAAGAGCAUCUCGAACCUGGCGGAGAGCGGCCAGUACAUCAGCAACUCGAGCCAGAGCAGCGACAGGAAGAGCCUGACGUCGCUGCACAGAAGCGCCAAGGACGGGAACCCCUGGGCCUCCUCCACGUACGAGAGACCCCAGAGAAUCGUGCGGCAGGACAACCUGACGGUGGGCGGUGGCAAGUUCUACUCGCACAGCGAGGCCAAGAGCUACGGGAACUUUAGCAGCCAGAAGGUCGAGCGGGUCCACAGGCAGGCGAACGUGUCCCACAUCAGUCUGGGGGACGGCUCCGCCGUCGCCUCGAGCAUGUACAGGCGGGAGUACGCGCCGAAGCACGCAGGACCCUGUCCCGCCGCCCUGAUCGAGGCCAAGCAGGCGCCGUUCAAGCACACCAGGGACACGCGGAAACACAAGUUCUACAUGCCGGUCGUCUCCAACUGAACGGCUCGCGAGCGCGCGCGCGCCUCUUCGGUACGGUGGUGGGUCGGGUCGCGCAGGCUCCGGGAACCUCCCGUUUUUCCUUUCCUUUCGCUCCGUUUAGCUUAGUUUAGUUUUUAGUUCGGCUUACUUUAAGUUUCGUUUCGAUUUUCCAUCGAGCCUACUUUCGGAGAAUAAUUUAUUUUACUUUCUCGCGAUCCUCCGCGUGCCACACCACGAUCCAAGAUCGCUCCCCGAGGGAGGAACCGCGGGGCGCGAGCCGAUCUUUCGAACGUUCGCGCUUCGCCCGCUUUGUAUCCGUACAAAGGAUUCGGGUCUCUCGAGCCGCGAGAGACUCGGCCUGGCCGAUGGGAAAUUUCUCUUCGCGCUCCGCGGGAAGGAUUCCUCCUCCGAGGAAGGACGCGGUCGGACCGCGCGGAUCGACAAAAUUCAGUUUUCGUUAGCGUUUUCGUUUCGUUUCGUUUCGUUUCGUUUCGUUUCGGAAAGUCGAUCGCGCCUCGUUCGAAAAUCCACGGUCCGCGCAGGACGCUUCCCUCGACUGCGAAUCGUCGCGCGCGUCCAAUCCUUUCGAUGAAAUCGCACCUGCUUUAUCCGGCCGACUCGCGAUCGCGGAUUCGACGGCCACCGUCGUCGCGUCGAUUCGAAGCGAGACGAACGUCGGACCGCGAGAGCGCGACGAUCCGACUCGUUUAGGAUUUCGUUGAUCGCCUUAAGCCACGUGUAUUACGAAGCAAUAACUAGAGCUUAAAUCCGUGAUAUGGACGGGCCCGGUCCGCCGCCGGCUCGGGCCCCCGUUCUCAUACUUACGAUUAGAGUAGUCGUAGGCGUUCCCCGUCCGCUUCGAUUUUAUAUUCGAUCUUAUUCCACGUUGCCGAUAUAUUCGCGUCGCGUCGAUCCCCGCCACGCUCCCCUAACCCCGCGGGUUUCGUAUUAACCUACCUUCUAUAUACAAAUAUAUAGAAUAUGUUCGGCGAACGCCGCGCGCGCGCGCAAACACACACACACACACACACACACAGCAAUUAUUAUUUUUCUCGUUUCCUCUAUAUUUUGUUUCUCCGAUUUACUUACCAGAUUUAUACUCGUACGUUUCUCGAUCGAAUAAAGAUGUUUCGCAAUCGA